AUGCGAUCGGUGCCCGCGACUCGCUCGCGUAGUCCAUCGCCGAGUGAAAUCGACUGGAUGAAUGAAGACAACGACUUGUUUUUGGACUACAUGAACACCACGACAAGCGACCAACGCAAAGGAACUCCAUAUCUGGACCCGGCGGCAGUUUCUUCACCCCAUCUCGCGGCGCCAGUCCUCGCGUCAGUGCCGCCCGCAAUUCCUCCACCAACCGAUAUGGAGACCAUAUUCCAACCAACGCCGGUGCGCGCUACGUCCACCGCUGCGCGAGAAGAACGCUUGCCGCCAACGUUUGCCGAAGCUUUGCGCCGGUCAAUACCGCCCACCGAGGCCGACACGAUGGACGGUCGGCGGCCAGAAGUGGCCGACGAUCGCGUAAAGACACUGCAGGCCAACUUCGAUCUAGCCGUCACAACCAUUGGGGUACUGCAGGCACAGCUCGUGGCCGCGAACGCCACAAUUGAGCGCCUGCAUUUGGAUGUUGACCGAAUGGAAGCGCAAGCAGUCCAGUCGGCAGCUACGGCGGCGCGUACAGCAGAAGAAUUGCGCGAUCAAUUGCAGAGCUCGUUGGAAGCAGCUUCCCCGCCGCGGCGGCAGUCUGUGGGCACGUCCACCGACGACGUUAUCGCGACUUGCGACAACAGCACAGACAUGCCAUCCACAGCGCACGAGCUGAGCCAGCUCAAGGCCGAUCUUGAGGCAGAAUGGACCGAGCGAAUGAAGGCUGUCGCGAAUGAAGCGAUGCAACUACGCUUGCAACUCGACGGGAUUCAAUCGCAGUUGGACUCUGAAUUGGUCGCACGCGCCGAGUGCCAUCAGCAGCUCCAAGUCGCGAGCGCUCAGGGCGCCAACUGGAGACAGCGCGCGGAAAUUGCUCAAGGACAAGUCCUCGAGCAGGCAGAGAAGCUCAGUCAAGUAGUCGGUGAAGCUAGCGCCCUUCAAAAGCAGGUGAUGCUCGUGUGGCGAUGA